CGCGCCCAACAUCCUGCGCGUCUGCCUUCGCCUCUUCAUCAUCUUCUUCACAUCACCACCGCCCAACCUUCACCAUGGCUGCGCUCUCGUAGUCCACCGGCGCGCGCAUGGAUCCCGAAUCGCAUCUACCUGAUCGCUGUCGCAUCGCGGCGCUGCCAUCACCAGACGAAAAAUCUUUCACCUUUCCUCUCCCCGCGCAUGUCGCCAGCACCAUGGCCGACUCCCAAUCCACACCCAGCCAUUCUCGCGACUCUUCCGCUGGAUCGCCGCUCAUCCCCGGCUCGCCUCGGUUCUCCGCCUCUUCAUCGCGGAGCCAUACCCGCUGGCCAAGCUCGUCCUCCUCUCUCGCAACCAACCCCGACUCGCCUGUGAACGUCGCGAAGUCCCCGCUGCACGACUUGGUGGAGGAGCCGUCUGAACGCGAUGACGAGCUGGAUUUGUCAUGGGAAGCUGAAGUGCUAGAGCGACCGCUUUGUUUAUGCGACUCCGUCUUUUGUGAGCAUCAGCAAAUCCGCUCGGUGCCCGGCACCCGCAAAACCUCAUUAUCGCUCUCCCGCGGCACCGGAGACGAAAGCAAGUCGACUUCCUCCGACAAGCGCCUCAGCUCCGAGAGCCCCGAUGAGGACAAUCUCCAUAUACCCUCCCGGCUAAGUCGACGCUUUGCAUCUGUAUCACGACGUUGGCGUGCGCGAAGCCUCAGCAAGCCCCUCUUGGACACCGGCAUCCGCAGUGCGCCGUUGAGUCGCACUUCUUCUUACAAACAGUUGUCGCUGAAGCAGUUCAUCUCCACGGGAGCGGACUCGGGGCUGGGAAGCAUUGCGUGCGCAUCUCCAACGACAAUGUAUCCGGAAUGCUUUAGCCCCUUGGAAACUCCCUCUGCCGCAGGCGACAAUACUCCUUCCGCACACGAGGAACCCACGGAUGCAAAUCAACCCCCCUUCCAGGAGAUCGAACGCACGCGAACUCCUCUACUUCCCCCUCUACCCUCCGAGCAGUACCAAACGCGCGAUGGCGAGCGAUCCCCCCUCUACCCUCCCCUCUCCGCCGGCCUCACCGCGUCCGAGUCCAUCUUCAGCUCGCCCAUGUCGAGCCCCACCUCGCCCAACUUCUGGUCCCCCGCCCUCUCCACCAUGCCCUCCUCCGUCUCCCUACGCGCCCGCUUCUCGCACAACAACACGCGCUCCAUCGAGGAAUUCCCACCCCUCAGCAUCUCCGGCGAACUCGACCACUGGGCGCUGCACCUCGGCCACGCAAACUUCCACAUCCUCCCCGAACCCUAUCUCCCGCACCCCUCAGCCUCGUCAGACACCACCCCGCCAACAGCAAUCUGCAAACGCCUGCUCGAAGACUGGGAAAGCGCGCGCAUCGAAUUCCUGCGCCACGCCUCCCGCGUCGCCGAACACCACGGCCCGACGUCCCGCAUCUACGACCUCACCUGCGCCAAAUGGAAGGAAGUCGACGCGCAAUGGCGCGCAAACUUCGACCUCGCGCGCGCCGGCCUCGAUCCGGCCUCCUCGGCAUCCACCGAUGCCGGCGACACCUCCGAUCUCCGCCCCCUGCCUGAAUUACAACCAUGUCUGCACAUGCCUUCCCUACCGCAGGACCCGGAGAACCCGGCGAAAUUCCCCGCUGUGGAGGAGGGGGAGAUUGUAGGGCCGAUGGUGCAGCAUGCGCGGGUCGAGGCUGCGCUGCCUGCGACGGGGAUGGCGGGCGCGCUGUCGAGACGGCCUACGCUGCUGCGCCUCUUGACUGAUGCUGCUUCUUUGCUGAGGAGGGGUUGAGUGUGUAUUUUUGAUUUUAUGAGUGAGCGACUUUAGAGAUGUUACCUUAUGACGAGCGUGAGAGUCUAGGCGUAUACAAGGAAAAAAGGGGAAGGGACGGGAAUGGAAUCUCGGGAGAUACGAAGAAUAUACGAUAUGAUGACGCUAUUGUGGAAUGGACGGUCCAAAAUAGAGGUAGUUUAGGAGAUGUGUGUGAGGGGAAUAU